AUGGCGGGGGCGGCGCGCCCGGCGCAGAGGAACCCGUCGAUGGCUUCCCAGGGAGCAGAGUCCGAGGACAGCAGCGCUGAGAGCACGGCGACGACGACGACGCGAGGCACGCCCAACGAAGACGAUGUCCACGACCAACAGCGACCGCCGCCGCUACCGCCACAGCAGCAAUCGCAGCACGCACCCCAACAACCACCAACUCAGCAGCAGCAACAGCAGCAUGGCGAGGGCACCGCCCCCGCCGCCUCCGCCGAAGAGGCCAAAAAGGCGCGCGCCUGCGAGGCCUGCCGCGGUCUCAAGGUCCGCUGCGAGCCCGACCCGGGCAACGAGGACGGGCCGUGCAAGCGCUGCCGCAAGGCCGGCCGGAGCUGCGUCGUCACCGCCCCGACGCGCAAGCGGCAGAAGAAGACGGACAGCCGGGUGUCGGAGCUCGAGAAGAAGAUUGACGCCCUGACGGCGAGCCUGCAGGCGCGCGCCGCCGGAGGGACGACGGCAGGGCCAGGUCCCGGCGCCGUUGGCACCACCGGUUCGCUUGCGCAAGCGCACCAGUACCAACAGGCGCAGCAGCAGCCAACGGCGCCGGCGCCCGUGGAUAGACCUGCGGGCGAUGCGCUCGCCACGAUAUGGGGCAACGGAGCUAGCGGCGGGCUGGCACGAAGCUGGUCCGCCGACUCACAGCCGAAACCGCCUCCGCCUCCGCAGCAGCAGCAACAAUCGCGAUAUCAGCCCCAUCGACCCUCAGUAUUCGACGAACCCUUGGUUACGGCAGGCCAGAAGCGCAAGGCGUCGUCUCCCUCUGACCAUCGGGAAGGCUCCAGCGAUGACACCGCCAGCGCCAACGCAGGGAGCGGGAGCGGCGCCGGCGCGUGGGCGUCGCUCGCGCCCCGGUCCACCGAGGGCGACAUUGUCGACCGCGGCCUGAUAUCCAUGGAAAAGGCGGCCGAGCUCUUUUCGCGCUACAAGGAGUCCAUGAUCCGCCACCUCCCGGCCGUCGUCUUCCCGCCGCGCAUGUCCGUCAUGGAGCUGCGCCGCACCAAGCCGUACCUGUUCCUCGCCGUCAUGGCCGCCGCCUCGUCCGAGAUGCACGGCCUGCAGCGCGUGCUGCACAAGGACCUGAUGCUCCUCUUCGCCCACAAAAUCGUUGUCGCUGGCGAGAAGAACCUCGAGCUCGUCCAGGCCCUGCACGUUGCCGUCAUAUGGUACUGGCCGCCCGAACACUUUGAGGAGCUCAAGUUCUACCAGCUCGUCCACAUGGCCGCCGUCAUGGCCCUCGACAUCGGCCUCGGCAAGAAGGCGCCUCCGCGGCGGAGCGUCCCGCCCUUCAGCUGGCGCGAGCACCAGUUCCGCCGCCAGCCCCAGCCCGACCCGACGAGCAUCGAGUGCCGCCGCGCCUGGCUCACCUGCCACUACCUCGCGGCCAACACCUCCAUCGCCCUGCACCGCCCGAACCUCGUCCGCUGGUCGCCCUUCAUGACCGAGUGCGUCGAGGUGCUGGAGACUUCGCCCGACGCGGCGCCCACGGACAAGUACCUCUGCCAUCUCGUCUGGACGCACCGCAUGGGCGAGGAGAUUGGCAUCCAGUUCUCCAUGGACGACCCGGCAACCACCGUCAACAUCCUCGACGCGAGGACCCAGUAUGCGUUGCGCGUGCUGGAGCGGGACCUGGACAGGUAUCGCGACAGCGUGCCGAAGGAGAUGAUGCAGCCGACGCUCAAAAUCAGCUUCCACCUGCUCAGCCUCUACAUGCAUGAGCUUGUGCUCCACACCCAAACCCCGACGGACGGCUUCCGCCCCCCUUUCAACACCGAGGUCAUCAAGGACGGCAUGUUGGACUCGGAGACGCUCUCGGCGGCCCACAUCAACGCCCUCUCGGCGUGCCUGAUCGCCGUUGACGGCAUCUUCAGCACGUUCCUGGGCAUGGACGUGCUGAACAUCCGCUGCCUGCCCGUCUUCACCUUUGUCCGCGUCGCCUACGGCGUCGUCGUCCUCAUGAAGAUGUACUUCUCCGCCUCGAACCCCCAGUCGGAGCUCGGCAAGGUCAUCAACAAGGACAACAUGCGCGUCGAGUUCUACCUCGACGCCCUGCUCGAGAAGUUUCGCGUCACCGCCGCAGACGACAGGUGCCGGCCCGCCGCCAAGUUUCUCAUCGUCCUCGCCAUGCUUAGGAGCUGGUUCCUCAAGCAGGGCAAGGCUGAGGGCGCGGGCCCGGCAGCCGCUGCCGUGGGCACUCCCGCCCCGAGUAGCCGGACCGGUGCUGGAGGCGGCGGCGGCGAUGGGCCCGGCUCCUCGUCGAGGACCAGCCUCACUCCCCCCGAGGCACCGCUCAUCCCGCCGCCGAGGCAUGGCAUGAACACGCCGCUCCAGGUCCUCUCCGAGGUCGCCAUGGGCCGCGAGGCCAACACCGCCAGCACUGGUCCGUCUCGCCAGGGCAUGAUGAACCACCUCCCCAACAUGCGCCAGACCCCGCAGCCUCUCUUCCACGACACCGUACCCGGCGUGGGCACCCCCACCGUCGCCAACGCCAGCACCGACCAGCAGUCCGCCGACCCGACCGACUCGGCCGCCUCCUCGUCCAUGGGGACCGUCACCACGGCGGCGCCGCAGCAGCCGCCGCAAUACCCGCCGCCGUGGAUGGGUCCGCAUCAGCACCAGCACCAGCAGCAGGGUGGCCCCACGCCUCUGCCCGGCCCGGACAUGAUGGACCUCAGCGCGGGGCUGCCGCCUGGGGUUGAUCUCGAGAACCUGGGCUUCAACAUGGACCCCAACGACAUACUCUUCGAGGGGGGUGCCGCGAGGAUCAUGAACGAGCCGUGGUUCAACGAUGUGUUUCAGGGGCUGCCGGAUCCCAACUUUUUCCAGUUUUAA